CGAAGCGAUGCGCCCUCAAGCGUCAUAUUGCAUUGCUCAUACACUUACGCGAGCACUCUCUUUCCUUCUCCCUCUUUCUCAAUUAUACUCUCUAGUCUCCAGCGAGACGGUGGCGCAGCUAGUUGGUAGCAGGUUGUUUUCUUCGUUCGGCCCUGUAAAAUAACUCACAGCAGAAACAACCAUGACUGAGAAGAAAAGUGAAGACUACUUCGCCGUCGCUCCACCCAAACGCUCCGGCUGGGAGAGCUUUAAGCUCUUUCUGUGGAAUGGGGAGACCAGCGAAUUCCUUGGUCGCAGCGCCAGCAGCUGGGCCAAAAUUUUCUUGUUCUACGUCGUCCUGUACGCUUUCCUGGCCGCCUUCUUCGCGGCCAUGCUACUGGUUUUCUUCCAGACACUGGAUCUCUAUCAACCAAGGUGGCAAAAUGCCAAUGGACUCAUUGGGACCAAUCCAGGACUCGGAUUCCGCCCCAUGCCUUCAUCUGCGAACGUGGAGAGCACAUUGAUUCAUUUCAAACACGGAACAGCUGGAAACUGGAAACAUUGGACUGCCGAACUAGAGAAAUUUCUUUAUCCUUACGACACUGUUGCUAGCAGUGGCGAGUAUUUCACCAGCUGCAGCUUUGACAAAUGGCCGGCUGAGGGCAAGGUCUGCAACUUUGAUAUCAAAUUGUUGGGCACGCAAUGCACCAAGGAGGAGCUUUUUGGUUAUGAACGCGGACGCCCAUGCAUUAUCCUCAAGCUCAACCGUAUCUUUGGCUGGGCCCCGGAGCCAUAUGACGAUCCCAACGAUUUGCCUGCCAACAUGCCUACUGAACUCAAGGAAUACAUCAAAACUAAAGCAGCUGAAAACAGAGAACAGCUGAAAAUGAUUUGGGUCUCGUGUGACGGCGAGAACUCUGCUGAUCGAGAGCAUAUUGGAAAUGUUACCUACACACCCUUCCGAGGAUUUCCCGCUUACUAUUUCCCGUACAAGAACAUUCCAGGCUACUUGAGCCCAAUUGUAGCCCUUCAGUUCCAGAAACCCGAAGCUGGCGUUCUAAUCAACAUCGAAUGCAAAGUCUGGGCCAAGAACAUCAUCCACGACCGCCAACGCCGUCUGGGCUCGGUGCACUUUGAGCUCUUGAUGGAUUAAAGUGUGGUUUUACAUAGGAACAUAUUGAUUAAGUGCAAAUUAGGAAUUUGCGAUGAAUCUCCCAUCAUUGCCACGUUAUUUUCACAUUCUCUAUUGGUCAGCUAUUUUAACUAAAUAUGGUUGAACUGGUUUUUAUUUCAAAAGCAGAGGCAAGUAGAUAAUUGUAGCUGGUAAACAUUAUUGGUGUUCAAAAACUGUAGCCAUCCACAUCCCUCCUUUGCCACCUCUUUUGGCUGCUAUUUACCCUUUGAUCCUUUUGUUUCAAAGGAAAAAAAAACAUUCUUUUGUAUAGUGAUUCCAGAUUGUUGGAAAUUGCAGGCUUGCCAAACAAAACAAAAAAAACAGUAUUUCAGGUCCCUCACUGAAACAUCUUAAGAAUCUCCUUGAGAUCUGUAAUAUCAAAAGAUUGAAGGUUUCAACAGACUUCAGCUCUUUCUGUCUUACUAAAAUGUAUCAUUCCAACUCCCUUGGACUUGUUCUGCAAUAAAUUUAACUGAUCCAUUCCUGAAAAA